ACAUAGAUACAAUCAAUUAUUCUUGGCGCUUGGCCGCUUCGAGCUGAGGUUGACGCCUUGCAAACUCGAAACCGACUCACACCAAGUGACACAGCGUGACAAUACACAAUCUCAUGAGACUUGUUAAUUCAAACGACUGACUAAGAUGACUAGGGUCGACUUGGGCAGGCGUCGGGCCCAAGGAUUUGGAGCAGGAAGCCGGGCUGCCUGUUAUCCGUGAACGGAUGCAGCUUGAUGUUCUCUCGGUGCUUCAACUACCCGGCGCCUCAGGGCAGUUCGUUCUGCAACAACGCAGCGAUGUGACUGGACAGGAGCUACAACAGCAGCGGCAACACGGCUUCGGCUGUUUGCCGAAAUGUUCUCUCUUUGCGUGCGGUCGCCAGACUCGCUAUGCGGACGAGGAGGGGCUGCAGUUCGCUCUCGUCAAGGAGGGAGAGAGGCCAUCCGCAUGGCUGCUAGAGGCUGGCGAAAAUGCGCAACCGGGGCUCGUCAGCGUGUUGCAGCUACGAGGUGCUCCGUCGCGCCCCUCGGUGCCAGAGCCGGACUACUGGCCCGGGGAUGAACUGCUCGGGAUGGGCCUGCCGCCCACGUUUGAACCCAGCGGCCAGCGCUCGGAUGGCAGGGCAAAGCCCAUGGGCCACGCCAGCUGCCACGCAGUCGUGGUUGAGGACGUGGGCUCAGGCGGCGGUGUGGACGCAGCAGCUCCAGGGCCGCGAGUGCUACUGCUGGCCCAUGCAUAUUGUCAAAAGAGCUGCCCUGGCAAGCUGGUGCUGGCAGUGGCUCGGCUACUGGAGCCGGACUGGCUCUGGCACAGCAGCGGCGGCAGCAGCAGCGCAGUGGGCGGGUACACAGCGGCCCCGGGCGUGGAGGUGCAGUGGCACUGGCACGUGCUGCUAGCCUCCCCAGGCUACGAAUAUUUGGGGCCGGCUGUGCGGCGGCGGGCGGCAGCAACUGCAGGGGCUCCGGCGCUGCCCAGCCCCAGCGCCGUGUCGCAGCCGGUACUCGAGUCGCUGGACCUGUCCUGGCACCCACGGGGUGAUGCGCUGGCCGUGUGCAUUGGCGACGCUGGCGGCCACAGCUGCGUCGCGGUGCUGAGCGCCGGUGCCAUGGACGUGCUGUGGCACCGGCGGUGGGAACAGGACGUGGGGCCGACUAUACCUGCAGUGCCCUCGCCGACAUCGGCCCGGGGCCGUGGGAGCAGUGGCGGCGAUUCGGCGGCCGGCGGCGGCAGUCGUGUGGUGUCGAUGGCAUGGGUGCCCGCCACCUCGCUGCUGGCAGUGUUGGAUGAUGGCGGCAACCUGGCGCUACUGGACGCGGCGGGCGGCUGCAGGGGCGCGGCACUGCUGUGCGGGGCAAUCAAGUAUGGCGAGUCUUCAAUGGUACGCCUGGGGCCCAUCCUGGGCAAGGCGGCGCCGCUGGCGGGCAGCAGCUUCAAGGCCGCGGUGUCGGACUUCCCCCGCUUCAAACGCAAUGUACCGCAGCACCCGCUAAGCAGCGGGUCCGGGGCCGGCUCGCAGUCCGCGCCGGGCGCGUCUGCGUCGACGCGCUACUCGCUGGCGUUUGCGCAGCAGCCCGCCGACCAUGCCGGUAGCGGCGCUGGCGGCAGCGCUGGCUCGGGGUUUGGCGGCAUCAUGCUGGCGGUGUGCAACGGCGGCGCCGUGGCCCUGGCGCGCCUGUACCUGGAGCCCUUCACGCCCCGGGGCGCCGGCGCGGGCGGCAGCGACGGCCGCGCGCUGGCGCUGAGUCUGGGUCUCGGCCCUGACGCGUUCAGCGCGCUUGCCAAGUCGCCGCUCACCCGGCGCAUCACCUCGGACACCGCCAGCGGCACGCCCGGCGACACGCCCGACCGCGACGCGGUGGCGGCGCUGCCUGGCGGCGGCGGCAUGGGCGCCGGCGUGGCGCUGCGGCUGGACAUGCUGGAGAACUCCUCCUUCGGCAGCAGCGCCGUGUCCACGCCCUACAUGCUGGGCCUGCAGCGCGUCAGCGGCUCCUUUGCGGGGCUAGGGCCGCUGGGCGUGGGGGCCGCUGGCGCUGGGGCGGGCGGGGGCGGCGGGCCAGGCAGCGUGGCGGGCGCGCACACGCCGCUGCUUACAUGCCGCAGCAACGUGAGCGACGCCUACCCGCCGCCCGCAUGGCCGGUCGCCUGGCGCACCGUGUUCACCCUGCCGCUGCCGGGCGCGCCGCCGGGCGCCUCUGCCUGUGCCAUCGCGCCCGGCCACUUCACCUACCACGGCGCGGGGCAGCACCACGGGCACGGCCACGCGUACAACAACCCGCACGUACACCACCACGGCCUGAACCACUACAGCAGCAUGCCCUCUCUGGGGGGCCCCGGUAUCGGCGUCGGUGGCGGCGGCGGCGCGCCGUCGUCCGUGGGCGCGAGCUCGGCGGUGGGCCGGCAGGAGACAUCUCUGGCGGCGGCAUCAGGCGCCUACCCCUCGCCCGUGGCAAGCGCCGCCAACAUGCGCUACCCGUCCAUGGUGGCGUUUCCAGACCUGCCUGUGACCAGCACCACUGGCCCAGCUGGCGGAGGCGGCGCGGGCGCACGCGGGCAGCGGUCAAGCGCUGACGGCGGGCCGACUGGGAGCGUGGCGGGGGACCCGUCGGUGCCGCGCGGCUCGGGGACGGGCGCUGCGGCAGGCGGUGGAGGUGGGGUGGGGGCGGGCGGGCCGGGGCUGGGCGCGGGCCCGGGCGGCGCUACGUCGUCGUCGGGUCCGGGCGCGCCGCCGCUGGUGUGCACGGCGCCGGUGGCGCUGCGGGCGCUGCAGCAGGGCGACGUCCUGGUGCUGCGUGGCUGCAUCGGCGAGGCGCUGGGGCACUACCCCAGGGCGCACAUCUACGGCUUCCUGCCUGCGUUCCUGGCGCUGGUGCACCUGCACCGGGUAGAUGCCGCGGCGCGCCUGCUGCGCGCCUACGCGCACUUCACGGGCCAGGUUGCCGUGGCGGCUGCGGCGGCAGCCUCCGCGGCUGGCGGCGGCGGGGGCAAGCCUGCUGCAGGCGCCAGCGGCGCCGCGCCUGCGGCCACAGCAGCCGCCGCCACCGCGGCGGCGCUACGGCAGCGGUGGCAAGCCACAAUGUCGGCAGUGCUGGAGGGCGCGCUCACGGAUGCGCCCAUGCCCACGAUCAGUGGGGCGGCGGGUAUGGAGGCCAUGGGGGGCGGCGCGGCGCCGAACCUGCACGUCAAUGUGCCCCGCCGCAGCUUCGACGUGGGCGGCGCCAGUCGCGGACUUGCUGCCGGCUUCGCCGGCGCCGCGGCAGCGGCGGCGGCAUCGAUACCCACACCGAGCGCAGAUGCGAGCUCGCCACCUCAGAUCAAGCUGCGGCUGCCGCUGGAAAAGUUCAGGGACCACGCCGCAGCGACAGCAGCAGCCGCGGCCGCGUCAGCCGGUGCCGGCGGGGCGGCAGCAGGCGGAGCCGUCGCCGCUGCGGCGGGCGGCGCUGCUGCAGGGGCGGCCUUACAGGACGGGCGUGGCAGCGGCGGGCACAUGAGUGCGAGCAUGCUGUCCGUGCCUGAGGAGGCGGCGCUAGACGUUGGCCGGCUAGCCACGCCCGCACCGCUGUCUACGCAGCCGCUGCCUGGCCCCAUCAUCAUAGAUAACAUCAUGUCGCCAGUGCUUCCGGAGACACCGCCGCCGGUGGACGCUGCGCCAGGCGGCGUCAGCGCCGCUUCCGGGGCGACCGUCGGUGGCGGGCUGGGCGCCAGCGCGGCGGCUGCCGCGGCCGCGGCGGACGAAGACGACCUCGCCUCACCCUACUGCGCCGGCCUGGGACUGGGCGGCCCCGGCUCGCCUGGGCACGGCCCCGCCGCCGCACUCAACUCCAUGCUGCGCGUGUGCUUGCAGCUGCUGCUGCUCGCCUGCCAGGCCAUGGCCUUCGUGGCCUUCAGCGCUCACGGCGCCAGCCGUGCUGCGGCGGCCGCCGCUGCUGUGGACAUGCUAGCGCUGCCGGCGACGCCCGGCAGCCCGCGAAGCCCUGGCGGCGGCGUGCUGUCGCGCCAAGCCAUGCGCCGCCUCAGCAGCACCAUGCGCAUGCGCAGCCUCAAGACGCGCAGUGUGAGCAUGUUUGGUCAGCAGGCGGGCGCACUCAGCCACCACGGUGUGUCGGGCUUUGGCGGCUCGCCGCCGGGCGUGGCGGCAGGCGGAGGGGCGAACUCGAGCAUACCCGGGCAGGCGCCCGGCGUGGCUGCCGGUAGCGCCGGCUCUGGCUUUGGCGGCUUUGCGGUCGCUGGAGGAGCCGGAGGCGGAGGGGGCGGCACGGCUAGUGGCGCGGCGGCGCUGGGCGCGCCUGCGCUGCUCCGCAUCGGCAGCACGAACUCCUACCGCGCCGGCAGCGUGACGAGCCCGCAGAACGCGUCCCUGCUGCCUGCAGCUGCUGCGCGCCAGGGUGGCUCCAUCACCGCUGGAAGCGCCUUGCACGGCACCCCAGUGGCAGGGCAGACCCCCACCGCUGCCAUGACGCCGCCGUCAGCCGCCGCAGCUGCAGCGGCGGCAUACGGUCAGGCCGGCGUUGCAGCCGCAUCGCGGCCGCCUCCUGUUCCGCCAGUCGUCAUCGGCUUCCCCAUACCAGUCGUAUGGCAACCCAUGCCUGCAGCAGCGUCUAGCAGCUCAGCUGCACAGGGCCCGCAGCGCUCGCACUCUGGCGUGGCAUCAGGCGCUCCCUCCGGCCGCUAUCCGGCCGCAAGCGUUGCGUCUUCGCUUCCUCAGCACAUGCUAUCCACCGGUGCCGCCGCAGGCGGAGCCAGCAGCACGGCGGACGGCAGCUCUGCCGGCCCUGCCUCGGCAGUGGGCUCGAACGUGAGCAGCCCGGCGGCGCCGCGGCCCACGCCCAUGCGUCUGCAGCUGCACCACUGCGCCUUUGACGCCACAAGGCUGUGGCAGGACGCCAACACGCAGCACGUGUCGCUGGGCCAGAGCGCGGCAUCGGUGUACCUGAAGCCCUCCUAUGCGGUGGGGCUGCUGCUGAUGGCGCACACCUGCAGCGCGCAGUUGCAAGACCUGCAGCAGCGAGCCGCAGCCGCCGCUGCCGAGGCAGCUGCCGCUGCGCAAGGCCCCGGGUCACAGCAGCAGCCGGGGAAUGCGGGUCAGUCCCGUGUCACACCCAAUGCGGUGUCUGUUGCAAACUCAGGGCCGAGCGAGGUGCCGUCACCGGUGCAGCAAGGGAAGCAGCAGCCAGAGGGCAAGGACGCAUCGGCUCCGCAAGCAAACGGUCACUCGGCCAGCAACCUGCCCGCCACAGCGGGCGAGCGCCAAACGCACUCACAGCCCCGGCUGCAGCUGCAGCAGCCGCGCCGGAACAACGACAUGCUUCGUGCAUCCACUGGCGCCGCACGCGUCAACUGGCCGCUGCUGCGUUCCGCAGCCGUCGCCACGCAGGCGGCGGCGGUAUGGCAGUUGCUUAACGACUGGCACCGUGCAGCGCUCCUGGCGUUCGCCUGCGCCAAUGCGCUCACGCAGCUGGGCGGAGGGAGCGCAGACUUGGCGGCGGGCGCGCCGCGCAAGCGGCGGAAAAGCAUUCUGGCCGACUUGCCGCUCGCGGCUGAAGACGUUCUGUCUGAAGGGAACAACCCGGGGGAAGCUGCUAGUGACUUUGCAGGGGGCGGCGGCGCAGCCAGCGGCGUUCUGGCGGCGGCGCGCGCGGCUUGCCUGCGCAUGGGGCAGCGCGUGCUGCUGUCCCAGGUGGGCGCCUGUCAGAAGGUGGAGGUGCAGGACGCGUGCGGCGUGCUGCUGGAGCUGGUGGCCUUGCCGCGGCGGCUGCUGGGGAGCGCGUCUACCGUGCACGUGUCGCUGCUGCAAAAGGUAUGCACGCGGAUCGUGGACCUGCUGCCCAAGCGCGUGUGCAUCACGCCUCUCCUGCCCGCCGGGUCGGUGCCUCCGCUGCUGGAGUUCAGCCACGCCGGCGUGCGGGCGCAGCUGGUGGCGCACUGCGGCGCGGCGGUGGCGCGGGUGCUGGAGGAGCUGCGACUGGCCGCGGCGUGCGGCGGCACGUUCGUGUCGCUGCGGGAAACGGUGCAGCAGAUCUCGGAGCACAGCACGGUGGACAGCACGGUGCGCAUGCUGCUGCGCUGGCAGGGCGCGUACGAGGGGGUGCGGGUGGAUGCAGCGGCCGCGCGGCUGCCGGAAUGCGUGCAGGACAUGAUGCUGCUGCCCGACACAAGCGACUGGGCGCCCGAGUCCGUGCUGCCGCCACUGCAGGACGCGUUCCUGGCGAGCGGGCUCCUCACAGUCACGGACGCGGCGGGCGUUGUCCGGGCGGCGCUCGCCGCGGCGGCGGCCUCGGAGUUCGGUGCACCGCUGUCGGUUGCGGCCGCGCUGGGGGCGCACAUGUCCUCGUUGGCGGAGGAGGGCGGCGCUACUGCUGGCGCGGGUGGUGCGGCUCCGGUUGGCGGUGGGCAACAGCCGCAGCCGCAGCAGCGGGUGGAGGAUGACCUGCAAGACCUGGACGAGCUAGCUCUGAUGCUGGACCUGGCACAGCUGCAGCACACGCUGCUGGCGGCGCUGCAGCCCUUCCUGCGGGAAGCCAUCGGUCCGCUGCGGCGCCAGCCGUUGCCCGUGCUUUCAAUCCCGGCCGCUGCUGGCGGUGGCUUCAGCUUCGCUCCUGGCGGCGGCGCCGCCAGUAGCGCCAUGCCGCUGUCGCUGCUCCCAUCACUGGGCGCCGUGUCGGGCGGGACGUCGCCCAGCGGCGCGCCGCCGUCGCUGUCCAACUACCCCACCGGCGCUAGCACCCUAAUGAGCGGCAGCAUGGCGCCGUUGAUGGCGGCCUUUGACGGCGGAGCUAGCAGCCCCGAGGACGAGCAGGAGGACGCGCUCGUGGACGGCAUGCUGGAGGACCCGGGCGUCAUCUCCAGCCUGCCGCCCACCGAGCUGGCCGCCGCCUGCCUCAAGCUGCUACUCAAGCUGCAGUGGGCGUUGCACUGCCGCGCGCAGGUGUGCGACCACAUGCUGCGCCUGGCGCGGCUGCAGGCGCCGCCACCACCGCCGCCACCCUCGCCGCCGCCGCUUACGGUGGCGUCGCCGCCAGCGCACCGCGCCUCCACGCCCACGCUGCCCAGCCCAGGCGGCCCAGCCGCGCCUUUGUCCAGCACAGGCGUAGCGGCUAGCGCCAGCCAGCAGCAGACGCAGUCGCCGACCGGCUCGCGCCGGCCGCCGUCUAGCUCCAGCGCCCAGAUGCCGCUGCCCACCUCGCCGCGCUCUCUGUCGCUGUCGCACACCGCUGGCGGGCACCGCAGCUUCCGAGAUUACAUCACCCACAUGGCAUCCAGCAGCAAUGCUGCGGCCGCGGCGGUCGCGGCUGCGGUGGCUGCUGCAGCGGCGUCUGGCAGUACCGCCAACGGUGCCAAGGGCGCAAACGGGCGGCGGUCUGACAGUGCUUUGGGAACGGUGUCACAAGUACAGGUGGCUACAUCCUCGCCGCGGCCACAACCGCAGCAGCCGGCGCGGCCGUCGCCCUUCCAGCAACUCCAAAAUAACUCCCUGCAACGCCCCAGUCAGGGCGGCGUCGCCAAUGCGGCGGCCGGAGCUGCUGGGGGGGCGUCGGCUGCGGCAGCGGAGGCGUCGCUUGCUGCAGCGCCCCAGUCACCAGAGGCGGAGGCGGAGCAGUGCGCGCUGAUGGCGUGGACAGUGGCGCUGGUGCGGGCGGACGUCUUCCACAGCGGCAGCGAGCUGCAGGCCUGCGUGCUGACGGUGCUGACCAUGGUGCGCUCCUGCCCGGCGGACCUAGCCGCCGCUCUGGACCGCGCACUGCGCCGCCGCAGCCUCUUCAACGCGCGCCUGGCAGAGCAUGUCAACCGCCUCAAGCGCAGCGCGCCGCAGCCGCCGCCUGCCGCUGCCGCCGGAGCCGCGGCCGCGCACCUGCACGGUGUGGUGGGGCCGGAGGCACCCGCGCCGACACCAUCGACGACAGGCGGCAUGGCGGCAGGCGGGCCGGCCACGGGCGGCGCGUACUCGCCCACCACCACCGCCCCCAGCUCGCCUGCGCCCAUGCUACUGCCGCCGCCCAUGCUGGCGGCGAGGCAGGCCAGCGCUGUGGCGCCGGGUGGCAGCAUGGCUCCGGCUCCUUCGCUAGCGACGGCAGCGGACGGAGCCAUGGAUGCGGCUGUGCGCGCCGCCGCAGCUGCGGGUGGCCCUCCGUCGGGGGCCGGCAGCCGUAUCGCCGGCCUGCAGUUCCCGGCAGGGCGCGUUGGCAGCUUCGCCAACCCGGGGCCGUCGCCGCUCGGGCGCAUGGUGCCAGCGCCUCGGGGCGCGGCAACCGACGCCGUAGCUGUCUCAGGCACCGACGCUGGCCCGGUUGCCGCCGCAGGCACAUUCGAGGACGGCGGUGACGGGGCCAACAGCUCACUAAUGGGCAUUACGGCGCCGCCAUCGCUGUCAGCGGACUCGAUGCCGCAAGCGCAUAGCCUGCAGAAUGCCGGCAGCUUCGCGCUGACCGGUUUCGGCUCGGGUGCGUCCGUGUCCAUGUGGGCCGCGCCGCCGGCUGCUGGCGCGCACCCGCCAGCGACCAUCAUUGAGGAGGUGCCCUCAACGGCCGCAGAGGUGGUGGUGGGCGCGCACGAGGGCGAGCCCACGGCGGGCGACCCGGCAGCGGCACGGGCGGUUCACGCCGCACAGCAACCGCAGCCGCAUCCCCCGGCGGGCUCCACCGCGCAGCCCCACUUCCAGUCCGCCUUCCACCACCACCCGCACGCGCACGCGGCCGCUGCGGGCGGCAUGCUGCGGCCCGCCUACCUGCUGCCGCCCUCCACGCCCAGCACGCCCUACACGCCCGCGCCGCCGUCGCUGGCGUCCGAGGCUCAGCGGCACCCGGUCCAGCUGGCGGUGAUUGUGGCACACGCCGAAAUCCGCGCCCUCAGCCUCAAGUACCUCGAGUACUAUGCCGACCCCAGCGGCGCCAUGCCCAGCGGCCUGUCCAGCAACGACACCACCACGGCGGUGGUGGCUGCUGCGGGGUCCGCGGCGGGGGCUGUCGCUGCAGGCGCAGGGGUUGCGCGCGCAGCAGCGGAGGCGGACGCGGCAGUGGUGGAACGGAGCAGCGCGGGCAGCACCGCGUCUGGAGCUGCAGGCCCGCUGACCGGCAAGCCGCCGCGCGCGCAGCACGGCCCGGGUCAGGCGCGUGCACCCGGCGGCGCCGUGGCAGUGUCGGUGGUGGCCACCAGCAGCAGCAGCCCGGCGGGCGCGCCGCCUGUCAGCGCCCCUGCCGCGGCGGCGGCUGCCGCGCGCCGCAACGUCCCAGGCUCCGGCAUUGGUACCGCGUCACGCGCCACCGCCGUGUCACGGCAGACGGAGCACAGCACAUUGCUGCAGUGCCUGGUGUGUGAGCUGGUGCGCAGCAGUCACUCGGUGGCGGCGACGGUGUCAUGGCGGGCCACGUUGGAGGGUGGCCGUGGCCUGGCGGGCUGCUUCGUACACCCCAUCCUGCACGGCGGCAGCAGCGCCGCCGGCGCCUCCGUGGCUGCCGCCUUGGCGCUUGGGCCCGGCGGCGGCGGCGGCACUGCCUCCGGCAGUGCCGGCGGCCCAAUUGUGUUGGGGCGGCCGACGGCCAGCUCGGCCAGCGGCGAAGACUCUGCAAAUGGUCGCGGUGGCGGCGACAGCAUGUCUGGAGCAGAGGCGGCACAGCGGCUGUUGCUAUCGCUGAUGGACGUGGCACAGUGGGCGGCGGCGCCCUCAAACGCCAUGGAAUUCGGCAUGGGCAUGGGCCUCGCGUUCAGCGGCGGCGCGUACGGCCGCCGGACGAUGCCGCCCAUGGCGGCGGCGGCCGCGGGCGGGGCAGCGGCAGCCAGCGGGGCCGGCGCGGGGGCCGGAGGGGGUGGAGUGGGUGCCAUGCUUGGCCGCAAGGCGCCGACGGACACCGGCAUGGUGGUGGUGCGGGCUGGCGUGGACCCGCCGCGGUCAGCGCGCGCCACGUCCGUCACCCCGGCCAACACGGCAGCGGCGGCGGACGCGGCCGAGCCCCAGGUGAACGCGCGCCGUGCCGCCAGCGCGGAACGACCGCUGGCGCCGGCGCGGCGCGGCAGUGGCACUGGCAGCGGCGCCGGCUCCGGCACAGCGCCGCGCGCGCGGGCCGACCAGCUCACCGACGGCGGCGCGAGCGCCAGUGCUGGCGCCGGCAGCGGCAGCGUGAGCAUGAGCGGCGACCGGCUGGCGCGGCCGUCCGCCACUCCGCCGGGAAGCCCCGGCGUGAGCGGCACCGGCCGCCUGUCCUUCUCGGCGCUCACCGACGCCCCGGACUUGGACCCUGACACCGACGUCAGCGGCUAUCCGCUGGCUGCUUCCUCAAGCACAGUGCUGGGCCUGGCGGCGGCGGGGUUGGGGCACGCCGACGCCAAGGCGGCGGCGGACCGGCACGGCAACAGCAGCAUGAAGCAGCACAACAAUCCCGCCUUCGGGCUGCACUCGCCCACGCCCUCCAACCUGUCGGAGUUCUGGGAGGAGAACAGCGAGGCGCCAUCGCCCGCAUCCCUGCGGCACACCACCGGCGGCGGUGAUGGCGCCACCAGCAACCUGGGCGCCGAGGGCGUCGGCGGCCACAGCGGCGGGGGCGGCGGCGGCGGGCCGCGGAUGCUGUUGUGGCGCGGCAACAGCGGCCUGGCGCUGUCGGAUGCGCAGGGGGCGUCGGCGCAUGAUGGCACCUGCGCGCACCCUCCCGAGCCCGGCAGCGUGGCGGUCACAACAUCGGGAUCUGGGCCUGGGCCGCACCUGGGUGCCGCCGCCGACAGCCACAACGUCAGUGGGGGCAACGGCACCGGUGGAGGUCCCACCUCGCGCCGCCUUAGCAUGGAGGCCGCUGAAGGCGCUGGCGGUCGGUCAGUUGAGGGCACUGCGCCCGCUGCCGCUUCAGCACAUCCGCUGGUGGAGGGCGACGGGGCCAGCGACAGCGUGGCAGCCAGCGCCACAUCCGGCACUGGUGACGCGGAGCAGCAGCUGCCUACGCUGUCGUACCUGGCCCUGCCUGGCAGCCUUGCCGACAUACGCAAGGCGGUGGAGGCGGCGCGGCAGGCCGCAGCCAGCGACGGCGCAGCCGGCCAGGGUGCCAAGCCAGUGGCGCUAGCUGACGCCAUGGCGGCGGCGGCGGCGGCCGCCAAUGGUCGCGGCGCUGGCGGCCGCGGCGCCGGCGGCAUGUUCGCCGGCUCGCCGCCGCUUCCCUUCGGCGAGGCCGGCGGCUCCCCGGGGCCCGGCGGCGGACCCAGCAGCGCUGCGUCUCUAGCCAUGUCGGACCUGAGCAUGUUGGGGGUGAUGCGCGGUGGCACCGCCUCCGGCGCGACGCCGGCGCCUCGCCACGGCGACGACGUGCUCGGCCCUGAGGGGCUGGUGGGCGCAGGUGGCGUGGGCGCGGGUGGCGGCGGCGGUGGUGAUGGCUCUGUGGUUGGCAGCAGCGCGCGGAACCAUCGUGGCAGCGACGGCGGGAACUCGCUGUCAGGGCUGGGUGGGCCCGGCGGCAGCAUGGACGGCACGCAGGCCUCGGCCUCGGCGUUCCUCUGCAGCGUGCUGACGUCGCCUGAUGUGGCGAUGGGGCGCGGCAGCGCUGGCGCGGCGGGGCCGCCGCUGCUGAUGCGGCACGAGUCCGGCAUGUCCGGGGCGUCAGAGCUGAGUCUGCUGCCGGCCCGGGGGGGCAGCAGCGUCAGCAGCGGUCUGGCGACGCCCAUGCUACCCAACGGCGACGCCGCGGCAGCGGCGGGCCGGGGUGGCGGCUCGGGGGCGGGCGGCCCGCUGCCGCCGCGGCCGCGGACGGCGCUCACGCAGUCGCAGUCGCUGCCGCGGACAGGCUCAACGCCCCGCGACCACCCCACCCUGGAGCAGCGUCAGUCCCUUCCCCGGCAUGAUGCCGCGGCAUCAGCAGCAGCUGCAGCGGUAGCGGCGACGGCGGCGACCGCUCAGCGGGCGCUAGCUGGCUCGCCGCGUGCUGCACCGGCGGCUUCGCCUGCCGCGGCCACGCCCACGGCCACACCCAGUCAGCCACAAGGCCAGGCUGCGGGCGUCGGCACGGGCUACCCACACCAGCACCCACACCACGGCGGCACGCGCCUUCACCACGCGGUGCUUGCGCUGGCACACGCGCAGGCGCGCGAAGCCGCCACGCCCAGCCCCACGGCGGCCGCCGGCCUCAGCACCGGUGGCGCUGCUGGCAUCGGGCUCAGCGACUUCCUGCGUGUGCCCUCCACCGGCAGCCCGGCCGACUCCUUCAGCACCGGUACGCCUGGGGGCGGCGGCCUAGCCUCGGAGUUCCUGGUCACGCCGCGCUCUGGCGCCACCACCGCCAGGUCGGGUGCCGGCAGCAGCGCGGCCAUGGCGGGACCCACACGUUCGCUGCUGGACCAGCUCACGACGGCAGCGGCGGCGGAGUCGAGCCCAGUGAGCUCGCCGGCGCACGGCAGCGCUUCGGCGGCGCUGGGGCCGCAUGGUUCGCCGAUGCCGGUGCGGCUUCCGGCAGCGGCUGGGGCAGCCGGGGCAGCCGGCGUACAUGUGCCGCCCAUCACUCCCGCGAAGGAGGCGUGGGCGCCGGCGAUCACACCAGCAGGGCCUCGGGCGGAGGGCGCUGCGGCCGCGGCUGCGGCCGGCUUGGGCGUGGCAGCUCAGGCAACAGCAGCAACAACGGCAGCAGCAGCAGCAGCAGCUGAGGGCACUAGCGCAGAGCGUUGGGCAGAGGCAGUGGGCGUGGCACCGCAGCCGCAGCACCCUGCCUCCGGCGCCCUUGCUGACGGCGGUGCCGAGGCCGCACCGGCUUCCACGCCCAGCCCGCGGCGUGUGGUGUCCGCGACCUCGCUGCGUGUCAGCCCCGUGCCGCCGAGCAGCACGCCGCCGAGGGUGCCCGCGACCUCGGGCACGGGCCACACGCCGCCGUCUGCAACCCGCAUCCCACACAUGCCCGGCCCUGGCAGCCUGGCGGCGGUGGGCAGCCCGCCACUGCCGCCGUCCGGCCGCCGGCGCAUCAGCGGACCGGGCGGCUCGCCGGGAGCCAGCGCCUACCAGUCGCCCCCCACAGGCGGUCUCAUACGCGCAUCGCGGGCAGGCGUUCCACCACACCCCACGCACGCGCACGUGCCGCCAGCAGGCGCAAGCACGGGUGUGUCGGCGUCGCCAGUGGCGGCUGUGCUGGCCGCGGGCGGGCUGGGCGUCUCGGCGUCGUCUCGUAUGCGCCGCAGUCACGAGGGCGAGAAGGGCAAGGGCAGCCUUCAUGGCAGUCGCGACCUCAGCGGUGGCGGCCACAACCCAUUGUACAACCCGCCCGCGGCGCCGGGCUCGCCGGGCCCCGGCGGCGCUGGUCGGGGCGUUGCGGCAGCGACCAAGUCCACGUCGUUCAAUAGAGUCUCGGCGACUGGGAGCAAUAAGCCCACAUGGCACUGAUGCACAGGGUUGAGCACUUCACGCUGAUUGAUCAUGGCAUCGGGAUUCAUGCGCGGGCGGCGUGCGCACGUGCGUGCGCGGGCAAGGGCGACAAACGCACCGGUAGCAUGAGGGGGGUGGAUCGAUGGAGUGGUCACAACUAGGGACAGGCGUGGGUUGCAUUGUCUCCUACCGUGGCAUGUGUGCGGCGGAAGGUCGCGCAUGGCUUUGGCUGAACUGUUGAUUCCGCGAGCAACUGCUGGCAGUAGGCUUGUUCGGCGUGCGUUCUAGGCCCGCUCAUAGGCCGGCAGCCUGGCACGUCUUCGCGUUCUGGGAUGACUGAAAGGUGGAAAAGAAGGCGCCGCCACCGGCAAGGAGAAUGCUUACAGGUGUCGCAUACAAACAGAAUGAGGUACAUACUCUUGCACAAAUAUAGUAGUACGUGACGUGACUCGUCUGUGUUCACUGUCGUUUCGUUAACUGCGGGGGCGGCUGGGAACGAGCGGGUAGGACUAAGCAGAGCAGGCGUAAGACGAUGUGCACGGGCCCAGCCAGCGAUGCCCAGGUUGACACGCGUCUCAACGGGCAGAACCUGACGCCAGAGAAACACACUGCAUCUGCUACUAUGACGCCUCAGUCACUGUCGCUAAUGAUCAGCACCUCCUUAGCCUGCUUCGCCUUCUCCUCCUCCGCCAGCUGCUGCUUCGUCGCGCUCCUUGAUCGCACGCAGCAUGUUGCACUUGAUUGUGCCUGUGCUUUUAUACUGCGUGGUCACGUAGCUCCCGGCUGAGGCCGGGAGUCGGUGUAACGCUUGGGGCGCGCUGGGCGCUCACAACAGGCGCGGCCAUAGUAUGUCACGCUCUCCUGUGUGCUGGUGUAGCUGUGAAUAUCUAUAUAUGCAGUGCGCCAUGCCUCUGCCCACCGCUUCACUGCCUCGCCGCCUCACUGCCUCGUACAUGAUGGCAGCAGCACGUUGACAUGACCUGCCACCCGAGGAGUGGCGUGUGUGUUUCGGCCGUGCUUCCCAGUUUAUGGGUACUGCAAUUUUAACGCAAGGCUG